AUGUCAAUCACGGUACAGAUUAAGUCUGGGCAGAACAAGUGGCAGGUUGUCACAGAACCCGCAAAGACGGUGGCGGAGUUCAAGGACGAGAUCGCAAAAGUGUCGCAGAUUCCAGCUGCAAACCAGCGAUUGAUCUACUCUGGGAAGAUCCUGAAGGACGAUCAGACCGUGGAGUCAUACAAGAUACAGGACGGGCAUGCGAUCCAUCUGGUGAAGUCCGGUGGGAAUGCGAGUGCAGGGCCACAAGCAUCGUCCCAGGGCGAUGGUGCUCGCUCGGUACCAAGUAACAUUGCUUCAGGCCAGACGGGUGGGUUCAACCCGCUGAGCGAUCUGACCAGCGCGCGUUACGCCGGUUUCGCGAACUUACCCUCUGCCGAUAUGUUUGGACCCGACGGCGGGAUGAGCAACAUGCCCAACCAGGAGGAUCUUCUAGGGAUGCUGGAUAACCCUAUAUUCCAGUCGCAGAUGAACGAGAUGUUGAGCAAUCCGCAGAUGGUCGAUUUUAUGAUCCAAUCGAAUCCGCAGCUGCAAGCGAUGGGCCCGCAGGCCAGACAGUUUCUGCAGAGUCCGUUCUUCAGACAGAUGUUGACGAAUCCGCAGAUGAUCAGACAGAGCAUGCAAUUGUCCAGCAUGCUCAAUCCCAACGGGGCGGGCGACGGGGGUUCUGAGGCCGCUUCCUUCCCAGCUCCCGGCGACACAAAUACAGAGGCACGGACUGGCGAAACCGCGUCGGCCGCCAGCCCUGGUGCUGCACCGGAAAACCCCUUCGCUGCCCUGUUUAACCCGGCAAAUAAUCCGUUCGCCGCAAUGAUGAACAGCGGCCAAAAUGCCGGCGCUGUCCGUGGUGACCAACAGGCUCCACCUUUUGAUCCUUCGCUGCUAGCGUCUUUACUUGGUGGUUCUGCGCAGCAAAACGUCGAGCGAGACAAUAGGCCUCCAGAGGAGCGCUAUGAGCAGCAAUUGAGACAGUUGAACGACAUGGGUUUCCAUGACUUCGAGAAGAACGUGGCAGCUUUAAGACGAAGCGGAGGCUCUGUUCAAGGUGCACUGGAUAAUUUGUUGAAUGGUGAUGUUUAA